UUACAGUAACUUGGGAUAUUUUUUUUCGUUACUAAGCAUGAUUGAAGCCUAUCCACUUACUGCAGAAGUAUUUAUUCAGUGUCCAUGUCUUAAAUGCAGUAUGACAUCUAUACGACUAAUAUGACGAGUAAUAUACAGGAUAAAAAAUUGAAUUUAGCCUAGCUAAAUGCCAGUAAGAAGAUAUGCUACAUUUAGCCUUAGCAGUUUCCAAUAAUUAUACUUAUUAGAGUUAUAUAGUAUUAAAUACAGUAUGAUGCCAUACUGUUAUUUAACUACGUACAAGCCAAAAUUUUAUAUUAUUGGUUAAAUAAUAUAAAUACAGUAAGUCGCUACCCUGCAUAUAUACUUAGUAAUGAUCAUUAGGUAUUAUGUUCUGGAUAACUUACCUCAAAGACAGUACGAUGCCAUACUGUAAUUGUAGUAAGUUAGGUAAUCAAUUCUUACUAAGUAAAGUACGUAUUGUACUGAAAGCAAAGUAGCUAUACUGUGUUAAUGUUAAGACAGUGGUUAUACCUAAAUGUUUCGGUUUACGUAUCAUGGAGGAAGUAAGGUAGCUACACUGCACUCAUACUUACGAAUCACCUAUGUACAAUUUGAUGGUAUAACGUAUUAUAUCAAGUAUAAGUCAUUUCUACUGCAUGUCUAUUUAGCUUUGACCUAAUGCUACGUCAUUAAUUCAAUGCAGUAAAGUUGCUUUACCGUGAACAUGAUAAAACACUGAUCUAAAUUGUCCUAAUAAUAGUUUCGUAGUACAUUUUAAUAGUACUUGAAAGGAGAAAAAACUAUUCCUAUUAACAUUACACUAACUACCACUAUGUCGUUUUCAACGUGCGCGUAGGCAGCGAACGCGUUGAGGUGCAGAGGGGUUGGGGGGUAGGAGUAAGCGGGAUGGCGGUGGAGUGUGCGGAGAGGCGGGGAACGGGCAUUGGCGUGGUCGAAGUUCAGUCUGUGCCCUGUGCUGAGUUUGAGUGUAGACUACACGUCGGAUUGUCCCACCGUUGGCGCGAAAAAAUAAGUCCCAAUUCACUACGGCGCCACGUGUGUGUGCACUGCACCUGACACUUCGCGCAACCGGAAGCAAUUCGAGGGAUAUACCUACCUAUCAGCUUUAGCUUGAUUUUGAUGUUUUACGAGGCUUAAAAACUAAAUGAAGACCGAGGUAAGUGCAGUUCAGCUUUGACAGUCUAUUAUUUUGUAGCAAUCAGUAGUUACCACUUGAGUAGGUACUUACUAAUGUUACCAUUUAUCCAACGAAGGAAUAGUGUUCUGCUCCGCUGUAUGUCAGCGUUAUAAAUACCUAAUUUUCUUUGACAAUAUAGUUUAUUUAGCAACAAAUUCUUACGUUGAGAUGUGAUGGUCAUCUGCUUUUACCUACAUUUUUAAGAAAAGAUUUGUAUUUGAUGAUCGAAUGCUGGUGUUGUAAAUGUAUAUAAUAAAAGUAUAAAAUGUAAUGUGUUAAAUAGUAUAAUAUAUUAUGUAAGUAUGUACCUAGUAUGAAUGUAUCUGUGAUAUAUCAGCUGUGCCUGUGCGAUACCCAUCAUAAUACACAGGCUCUGCCUAGCUUGGGGCCAGAUGAUGGUCGUGUGUGUUCCCACAUAAUAUAUAUUAUUAUUCGUAUGUUUUGUGCUACGAAUGAACGGAGGAAGAUGUGAGGAUAUGAAGAGUAGCUAAGGGAGAGAGGGGAGGGAAUGGAUGAUCGUAUAAGUAGAAGGCAAUGAAUGGGAAGGGGCAAGAAGAGGGAAGGGAACGAAAUCGAUUUAGCAUUUUUUAUGGAAGAUCAUGUAAGGUUUUUCAAAAGUUGAGUAAAUAAUAAUAAAUGCCGAGGAAGGGUAUGGUAUGGGUAUGGUAGUCUUUCGCGUGAAAACAUUUUAAGGCGAAGCGAUGGUAGCGGCUAGUUUGUGAUAUAAUAUUACGAACAGACUGUAAGCAAGUUUAGACAGACUGUAAGGAAUUUAUUUUGUUGCAGCGGAACGAUGAGUUCUCGUCGCGAUCUAAUAAUGUCCAGAGUGCGGCAGGUGGAGGCAGAUUCUCAGCAUCUAGAGCCUAUACCUAAUUUAAUAUGUUCUGAGGUAAUGCCGGUAUCACCUGAUAAUAAAUCUAGGUCAUAUGUGGAAAAUUCUGAUUUAGGCGAAGAUGAUUUUAUAAAUGAUAGUUUUUUGAAAGUUUGUCUAAAAAAGAACGUCAACGAAGAGCCCAUUUAUGAAACGUCUGUUAUCGUAAUUGAAAAAGGCAGCUGCUCUUCGUCGUCGUCUGAUUCAAGAAUUGAAGCGCCUGAAAUGAUACCUGAAAAGCGUAUUUCACCGAGAAAUUCAAACAACAAACCAUCAAAUUCAUAUGCAAUAGAUAAUUUAUCUGAUAAUGAGGAAAUCACUUUCAAUGAUUUUGAUUCCGAUGACAGUGUAAAAGACAAAAACUAUUGUAUUACUGAAGACGACACUACUGAUUUAGAUACUUCGAUUGAAGAAAAUAAUGCUAUUAAAAGAACGAAACCUAAUGUAUACAAACCAAAGUUAAAGAACCAAAGAAAAUGUGAUAAAGGUGCUAAGGCUGUAGAUUCUGAAUAUCAAAUAAACCAAUACUCUAACAACACCCAGGAAAGAGUUGAAACAGAGACAGUUAGAAGUGAUCCAGUGCAAAUUCUUACUGAAAACGAAAUCAUUCAAGAAACAGCCAAUGAAGAAAGGCAUUCCCCUUCAAUAAUUCAAAGUGAUGACAGAUUAAAUGAAGCGUCGAAGCAAACUUUGACUAAGAAAGGCACCAUACGUAAAAGGAAAAUAAUAGAAGAAUCGCUUACAGAGAGAAAGGAAAAGAAUAUUUUUUUUACUACGGUUACGGUUACUAUAAAGAAUAUUUUUUUUAAGUUUCAUUUUUAUUUGUUUUGAUAGAAAAUGUACUGAAGAAGUACUUGUCUGUGAUUUUUUAAAAAUUAAUAAGUAUUAAAAAAGACUGAAUAACAUGUUAAGUUUUAGUUAAGAGUUGUUGUUAUUGUGAGUAACAUAAAGAAAACUAUAUCACAUCUGCGAGUUUAUUUCCAUAACUAAGAGACAAUAAAUAUUAUUUGAUAAAUAUUAGGUACUUUACUCAAGUGUUUUUUUUAAAUAAAUUGAUUAUUCAUAGUAUUUGUUUUAUUGCCACUAUAAUAAUAACAAACUGACAUAGUUAACAUGAAUUAAUAUUUUUUUAUGCAAAAAUUUGUGAGGUGUUUGUUUUUGAUCCCCUAUCAUUCAAAAAGUACUGAACAUAUUAUGUAAAUGCAACUAAACUGCAAUGGAGCUUACACGUCAGAUUAACAAUUAAACUACAUUUUUCCCGGAAUUCUCGCGGGAAAACCUGUAAAACCGAAACAAUAUCAAUGGGAAAAAGCAAGAAAAUAUAUAAUACGCAAGUUCGUGAGUAUGUUUGUUACUGCUCCAAACAAAAACUACUCAAUGGAUUUGAGUGAAGCUUUACAUUGAUAGAGCUUAAACAUCAGAGAAUCACAUUAGCUACCCUUUAUCUCAUAAUUCUACAAACGUUUUAGAGGAGAAGCAAAACUCGUCGUAAAAUCAGGAUAACCACAAAAAAUUCCCUUAUAACUUUGUAUGGUAACUUAGCAUAAACGAAGUAAAAUAAGUACUUACUUUAUUUCUGCUAAGUAUCCUCUCUGAGUAUAUUUUAGGAUAUACUUAGAAUAACUACAUAAAUGAGUUUAUUGUGCCUUUAUAUUGCAGAGUUUUGGUCUAAAAUUGAGUGCCAGAUAGGGGCAAAGGUCCUCUUUCGUUUAAGGUAUAAACCGUCAAGAUGUGAUCAAAAACAAAAAAAAAAUGGAAGAAUAUCGCCACAAAACUUUGACCGCGUUUUUCUCGGAACCGC